UGUUUCCUGGUUCGUUGCUAACAACCUGCUGCCCGUAACUUCAUCUGUCCGCCGUCCCCGCACAUAUCGACGGCUUCCAGCGGUGGUGUUUCGGGGCUGAGUGCGGGGAUGAUACGGCCGUGUGGACGCUGCUGAGGGCGGCAUGCUGCCUCGGCUCUCUCCGCAGGCUGCUGUCUGACGCUGGGGGGGGAGCGGUGUGGCCUCCAGCCGCGGCUAAGAUUUAACUUCAUUUCUCAGCGUCGCCUUCCUCUGAAAUCAUGUUUAUUUAUUAAAGAUGGCGGCGAAGGGGACACUGUAAACUAAAUGACUGUCAGAAACAUCGCCUCCAUUUGUAAUAUGGGCACCAAUGCCUCGGCUCUGGAGAAAGACAUCGGCCCGGAGCAAUUCCCAAUCAAUGAACACUACUUUGGAUUGGUCAACUUUGGAAACACAUGUUACUGCAACUCGGUGCUCCAGGCGCUCUACUUCUGCCGGCCUUUCCGGGAGAACGUUCUGGCGUAUAAAGCCCAGCAGAAGAAGAAGGAGAACCUGCUCACAUGUCUGGCCGACCUCUUCCACUCCAUCGCCACACAGAAGAAGAAAGUGGGCGUCAUCCCGCCCAAGAAGUUCAUCUCAAGACUACGGAAGGAGAACGAUCUGUUCGAUAACUACAUGCAGCAGGAUGCCCACGAGUUCCUGAACUACCUGCUGAACACGGUGGCCGACAUCCUGCAGGAGGAGAAGAAACAAGAGAAGCAGAACGGACGUUUGAAGAACAACGGCACCGCCAUCACCACGGAGACAGAGUCAGAGAACAAGACCGAGCCCACAUGGGUGCACGACAUCUUCCAAGGCACACUGACCAAUGAGACGCGCUGCCUGAACUGUGAAACGGUGAGCAGCAAAGAUGAGGAUUUUCUGGACCUUUCUGUGGAUGUGGAGCAGAACACAUCGAUUACACACUGUCUCAGGGACUUCAGUAACACAGAGACUUUGUGCAGCGAAUACAAAUACUACUGUGAGACGUGCUGCAGCAAGCAGGAGGCACAGAAACGGAUGCGUGUGAAGAAGCUCCCCAUGAUCUUGGCUCUCCAUCUGAAGAGGUUUAAGUACAUGGAGCAGCUGCACCGCUACACCAAGCUCUCCUAUCGAGUGGUUUUCCCUCUCGAGCUCCGUCUGUUCAACACCUCGGGGGAUGCAGUUAACCUCGAUCGCAUGUAUGAUCUGGUGGCUGUGGUGGUGCACUGUGGCAGCGGCCCGAACAGAGGUCAUUACAUCACCAUCGUGAAGAGUCAUGGCUUCUGGCUGCUGUUUGACGAUGACAUCGUGGAGAAAAUCGACGCCCAGGCCAUCGAGGAGUUUUACGGGCUUACCUCAGACAUCUCCAAGAACUCUGAGUCGGGCUACAUCCUCUUCUAUCAGUCCAGGGAGUGAGCAGCCCGCAGCAGAGACUCGGGAGGAGACUGGAUAGGAUGAGACGUUUUUUUUAUGUUUACCUAACAGACCCAGACUCCUGCCAUUUUUCAUCUCAUCCUGCUCCCAUCCCCAAAGUCUCUCUGACGUAUGUGCCAACCCUCUGACCUCUGGGUUUACCUUCUUUUUCUCUCUUUCUCUGUGAUUUGCUUCUUGCCUUUUUAAGCCCAGUUCAGACCAAAGAUUCACAAUGCUACGAGAUGCUUUUAGAGCAUGCCAGGGGAUAGAUGUAGCCGCUGCAGCUCAAAUCAGGCUCAUGUUGAUGCCAUUCAGCACCUUGGAGCCAAGAGAGGGAGAGUUAGCUGUUCACACCAGUUAUAAAGGAUGGACUCAGGUCUGAUGGGCCAGAUUUAUCCAGCUGAAAUCCAAAUGCCACAAUGCCGUUUAUGUGUAUAUAGUAGCGUAUUAGCAUUUAUUUUGUCUAAUCUGCCGCCUUUUUCCUGUCAAACAAUCUAUAUUUCACAACACAAUGCCUCCUGCCAUCGCGAUCACCGGAACAGAGGCAUUAAAAAAAAAAAAAACACUCUGCCGAUGCAGCAAGCAAACUUUAGCAGCUUGCUUGUUUACAAGGUCAAAGCAAUUUUUACUCAUAAAGCUUCUUUAAACAUAUGUUACUAAAUAUGUCUGUGUAUCUCAUUUGAAGGUGCUCAACAGAUCCAUCUCUCUUUUAGUUGAUAUUUGAUGAGUUAAUAAGCAGGGCAUAUGAAAUAAUGUCAUAAAGUAGCUAAUCCGUACUAAGCAGUGGCCUCAAAACCAAGCUGAAACUGAACCAUGACCGACAAAAGCAGCCUGUGAAAUUGGAUACCUCAUACAAAGGCUAUUGCGUAUUUUUAUCAAUCCUAACCAUUGAUGAAAAUACAAUGAUGCCACAAAUUGCAGCAUUUUCAUCAGCUGUUCCCACAUUGAUAAAAGCUUGUACAGUACUCUUCUAGUCAUCUGACUAGUUACACCUACCCAUUCACACCUUUUCAAUCCAUUUACUCCACAUUUACACACUUGUGGCACAGCUAUAUAGAACUGGACCUCAGUAUUAGCUAAUCCCAGUCAAUCGCAUCCAUACCCAUUUACACACCACUGAUGAAGCAGUUGGAGCGAAUUGGGGUUAAGUGUCUUGCGGAAGGACAGCCUGUGCUCCUGUGACCGCAGGAGUCCUGGUAGUGAGUGUUUGCUCUGAUAAUUAGAGGUCAGCCCAGCUCCUCUAAAUAGUACAACUGCUCUGGGAAUAAACUAGAGAUGUUACGAUACCAUUUUUUCCUUCCUGAUACGAUUCCAAUACCAAGGUGUUGGGUAUCAUCAGAUACUGGGUUCUGAUCCAAUACCAGUGUGAACUUUCUGGACUGACUGUUCAGACUAGCAAAUUAUUUUAGACCUAUAUUUGAUUCAGAACAUGGCUCAACAAAUAGAAUCAUAAUGUACAGCAUCGUGACCCUAAAGUUGUUUUUCUGCUGAUUAUAGAGCUUUACUGCUAAAUAUAAUAAUACAGGGGGCUGCAUCACAGCAUCUAUCUCUCACUCCAUUAUGCUCUAUAUAGGCAGUAUCUCAUGAUGAAAGAACAGCCUGCCACUGGCUGACAGACCCUUUUAAAGGGUAAACAGUAUGACAGCAUUCAUGCUAGUGGUUAUAAAUGAUUAAAAUUGGAUUAAAAUGGUUAAAAAGGCGUUCAGUAUCAAGUUUAAUGGUGUGGAAAUAAUCAUUAAAGUCCCGUAAGGUCACACGAUUUCCAGGUUCUCUAAAAAUGCUGCAGCAAGGGAUUCAAAGGCAUCAAUAGUGUCAAUGGGAAGACACAAUGGCUAGUCUAAAGAGGAAAAAAAGUAAGAGGCAACGAUUUAUGGUUCAACAGUUCAAAUUCAGUGAAAAACUGUCACGCAGCCUUCAGUCUUUGCUGCUGCAGUAGGUCUUUGGUUCUUUGUCGCUGCUCUAAAAACGGUAGCCUGUGCAUGCAGUGUUUUCCCGCAGCGACGAAGAAUUGAUUUCCAAUUUAUAGCAUUUAGCAUGGCUAAAUGAAGCAAAAUAUAAAGCUAAACCAAACGGUAUCGGAUCAGUGCAUAAACUCGUGUACUUGCCAAUACCAAUACCUGCAUUUUAAGUGGUAUUGGACGUAUUGCAGAUGCUAGUAUCUGAAUCAGAACAGCUCCAGGAUAAACUCACAAAAGAUAGGAUAUUUCCAGACUCAACCUCUCAGUUUAAAUGGGCAUAACCCCCCUGGGUGUUCUGUUGCAGCAUCAACAUACAGCUCAGAAGUCUGAGUCCUCUCCUUUUUUAUGCUUUGGCCUUUUUUGCAGAACUGCAACCAAAGCAAAAAACUCGCCAUCACUAUGCUCGUUCAUAACGUACACUACAAGUUAUAUUCAGCUGGGAGACGGGCAUGAAAAGCAACAGUGGAAACUGAAACACAGAGUUGUUUCUGUAGAAAUGAGAUGUCGUCUCUUACAGUUGCAGCUAUGUGAACUGACAGACAUUCAUUGCAUCUAGACCAACCCUGUUGCAAGCAGCUGUCAGUUUAACUCAUCACAUCACAAAUCUCUGGUCUGAACUGGGCUCUAGCCACCUGCAUCUGGACUGCACUUUAAAACAAAAGCAAAAAUGCUCAACAGCAUGACCUAAACAAAAAGAAGUCUACAAACGGAGCUCUACAUGCUCGCUUUGUGUAGACGUGUGUGAAAAUCCUGCAGACGUGAAUCUCUGCGUCGUUGUGAAGAGUCUAGUGCACAUACAGACUAUAUCAUUUCUGUGUAUAUAAGGUCUACUUCCAUGGUGUCACCCCUUAUAAAUCCUUUCAUUAGGGCUAUUUUCCCCAUCACCGUCCUGUCGUUUGGAUGUUUUUGUCCCUGAAGGAUGUGUGAGGAGUGAAUGAAGUUGGAGACAAACACUGUAUAAAACUCACAGACAGAUUUCAUGUAGUUUUGAAGCAAUAUCUGAGCAUUAAUCAAAGCAACAAGAUGAAAACUACCUUAACUUUAGAGAAGCUCUAAUAUCCUAUUGAAAGCUGCUGUCCAUCUGCUGUGAUGCCUCGUGUUACUUAAAUCAGAAAUCUUUAUCAAACGCUCCAACACUACAUAAGAAUGGAAAUUCUGCUGUCUGCCCUUAAAAUUAGCUUAAAUCUUUAUCUUUUCUGAUAUAAACUCCCCUAUUUAUACAACUUAUAUAUUUAUUACUGUUUAUUGUGAUUGACCCUUUGAAGUGUGUUUAAAAUGGCUCAUUUGGGAGAUUUUUUUUGUUUAAGGUUGUCAAAAUUUUCAGUACUUUGAUGCUUUUUGCUUGUUGUAAGUCUACUGUUUAUGGGUUUAACAUUAUGGCAAAUUAUCAAACCUGAAAAGCAGUAUAGACUGGGUGAUGUGGCUAAAAGUCCCUACUUUAGAAGUCUCUAUUGUUCCCGAGGGGCAAUUCUGUUUGCAACAGAAGUCCACACAGCCAUACGUGUCAUUAAAAAUACAUAGAUAUAUAAAAACAUGCACGUUAGACAUAACUCCCAUUAAUUUCAUCAAUGUAAACAGGUAGUGAGAUUGAAUACACGAGUACGAGGUAUGGCAGUUAAAAAAAAAAUGAGACUAAUGCUGUAAUCCAAUUUUACUGAACAUUUUUCCAUGUCUUUCUCCUUUAAUCUUCUGCAUAAAUACACCACUGCUUUCAAGUCUUCACUGAUCAGAGCAGUGCAGUAGGUCUUCUUCAGAUUGUCUUCUUUUUCUUACCUUCUGACACAUACUCUAACCCUCUGAGCACAGAUUUGAUCUCAGGAAAAAGGAGAAAGCCCCAUGGUGCUAGAUCAGGUGAAUAGAGGGGUGAUCAAGCACUGUGAUUUGAACUGCUUUACUGAGCACACAGUGUGAGCUGGAAUCUAGAUUAAGAAAGAAACCAUUUUUCCAUAAUUGUGCUCUCUUUCGUCAGGGUUGUUUUUCUCAGUUUUUCUAGAACCUUUUUAUAAUAGUAUUGAUUCAACAUUGAUCCUUCUUGGGCCCACUCCUCCAAAAUGAUCCCCUUAAUGUCAAAGAAACAACCAACAUGGCCUUGAAUUUGGACUUGCUUUGUGAUUCAUCCUUGGUGACGAUGGUUGGAAGAUCCAGGUUUCACCACAUGUAAUCACUCCUAAAAAAUAAUGGGUUUUCUUCAUUUUUUUUCCAAAAUGCCUCCACAAAUUUUCUUGCAUUUUGUGAGAAGUUUUAGGACAACUUUGGCCCACACUUUUGUCAUAAUUAAAUGUUCAUGCAAAAUUAGCCGAAUUGUCCCUUUAUCAAUGGAGGCCAUUUCUGUUGUCAGUCUUAUACUGAGUCAUCGAUCAUUUUGAACAAUUUGCUCAAUUUUUUGUGUGUUUUCAGAAGUGUUUGAUGUGCAUGGGCACCUGUGCCAUUCAAACACACAUGCAUGUGACAUGCAGUGUUCCCCAUACAGCUCAGUUAAAGGUCACAUAUU